UUAAAUAAAUCUCUGUUAAUCCUAGAUUCCCUCAAUACCUCUAUGAAUUCACCAAAUCCAUUCAUAAUUGGUCUUAAUCCCUCCAUAUCCUCUAUUGGACUCAACCUUACAGCCUUUCUCUCCAAUAGCUCAAUCUCUCUAUUAAUCUCAACAAUUUUCUCAUCCUCUAAAAAACCGAUAACUGUGUAUUGGCCAUCCCGAUCAGGGCUGUACACAGUUGCGUAUUGCGUGAAAUGAGUGUUUUUCUGACUUGCGGUUGCGGAAAAUUUUU